AUGAGUAGGAGACCAUGCUGUGAGAAUAUAAUAGAGUUGAAGAAAGGACCAUGGACACCAAGCGAAGACAAGAAGCUUAUAGCAUAUGUUACUCAAAAUGGCCAUGAAAAUUGGCAAUCUUUGCCCGCUAGAGCAGGUCUUCAAAGAUGUGGAAAGAGUUGUAGAUUAAGGUGGAUUAACUAUUUGAGUCCUUAUAUAAAACGAGGGAACUUUAGUUUGGAGGAAGAUGACACCAUUAUUCAACUGCAUGCUCUUCUUGGAAACAAAUGGUCCACCAUAGCAGCUCUCCUACCAAGGAGAACAGACAAUGAGAUAAAGAAUCAUUGGAACGCUAACAUCAAGAAAAGACUCAUCAAAAUGGGCAUUGAUCCUGUUACUCACAAACCUAAAUCCAACAACAAUAAGAACAACAAUGACAGCAUUGCUAUAAAACACAUGACUCAAUGGGAGAGUGUUAGAUUGGAAGCUGAAGCAAGAUCAUCGUCAAUGUUAGGCAAAACUCAAGUUGAAUCUUUGCCAUGUUCAUCAAGCUCAUCAAAUGUAGUGUAUAACAACACGUGUGACCCUUUUUCUCCAAUAUCCUCAUCGAGCUUUCCUAGUAGGGACCUUUCGUACGAGGGUGACAGUGGUAAUAAUGAUAAUAAUAUGGAAACUAAUGACCAAGAGAUCCUGGAUGGCUAUGGCUUUGACUUUCAAGAUUAUGAUGAUGACAUAAUGGUUGCAUUGGAAGCAUUUAGAGAUUCCUUUGAUGGAAAUGGAGACUACAAUUUGGAUGCUAGCUUUGCAUUUUUUGAAUAG